AUGGCACAGAGACAUGCGGAGAGGUCGCAGUUCUACCAUGGCCUGGUGGAUAUGGGAAGCAACGGCAUUCGGUUCUCGAUCACGGAUCUUUCGCCGGCUACUCAGCGCAUCUUACCGACUGUGUAUCUUGAUCGUGCAGCCAUCUCGCUAUACGAUGCGCAGUAUGAGGACGGCAAGGCUGUACCCAUUCCCGAUCAUGCGAUCAAGCAGGUUGUGAAGUCACUUCUCCGCUUUAAGUCAACAUGCCAUGACUUCGGCGUUCCUAAUAGCCAAGUUCGCAUAGUUGCAACAGAAGCAACACGCAAAGCAAUCAACUCUGAAGCAUACCGCGUUGCGAUCAAAGAAGCUACGGGGUGGACCGUGGAGCUCUUGCCCAAAGAGAUGGAAGGCAAGAUUGGCGCCUUGGGCGUAGCAAGCUCGUAUGAAAAUGUGCGAGGUCUGAUGAUGGAUCUUGGGGGUGGGAGCACGCAGCUUACAUGGAUCAUCACCAGGGAUGGCGACAUCAGGAUGAGCCCAGCGGGCAGCGUCAGUCUACCAUAUGGUGCUGCGGCCCUCAUGCAGCGACUUGAGGAAGCAGGCAAAAAGAAGAGCAAGGAGUAUCAGGCUUUCGCAAAAGAGGUCAUCAGUGAUCUGAAGGCCGCUGUCCAGAGUGUCGACAUACCUCAAGAACUUCUUCAGUCUCGCGAUGGUCUUCACCUUUACCUCUCAGGAGGAGGCUUCCGCGGCUGGGGGUUUGUUCUGAUGUCAGAGCAUGCCAUCAAGCCAUACCCAAUACCUAUCAUCAACGGGUUCCGCACCUCAACAGACACUUUUCUGGAUACCAUGUCCGUGAAAGCCGCUGUAACACAAGAUGACACCCCAGAGAUCUUUCGAGUAUCAGCACGACGAGCAAGUCAAGUACCCGCAGUCGCGUUCCUCGUCGAAUGUCUCGCUCAAGCUUUACCUACUUUGACAAAUGUGUACUUUUGUCAGGGUGGAGUGCGAGAAGGUAUGCACUUUGCAGAGAUGUCGCCCGAAUGCCGCGCGGAGAGCCCUUUGGUCAUCGCAACUGGGCCCUAUGCGCCGCCAUCGAUGGAAGAUCUGAUCGAACUCUUGUUUUCCGCCGUCCCUGCUACAUCACCAGGCCAGAAACCUGUCUUCGGCACCCCCCUCGUCAAAGCUUUCACUCAAGGUGUGUUUGCGCAUAUGGCGCAAGUCAAAGACCUCCGCGGUGGUUCUGCACUACGCAGCACAACGACGGGCAUCUUCUCCACCGCACACGGUGCAAGUCACGAAGACCGCGCUCUCCUGGCAAUCUUGCUUUGUGAGCGCUAUGGCGGCUAUGGCUCCAUCAGUCCUACCGAACAGGACUUCUAUAAGCGCAUGGUGCGGCUGUUACCGGAGGGUAUGGAGUGGUGGUGCAUGUACUUUGGCCGCGUGGCUGCUGUGAUUGCUGCUGUGUAUCCUGCGGGUGCAAUCAGAGACCAGCGUGUGGCUAUAAGGACGCAUUGGGCUACUACGAAGAAGGGCAAUGAAAAGUUGUGCAUAGAUAUUGAUUUCAGGAAAGACAUUGACGAGCUAGACGAGGGACUCGACGCAGCGCUGAGAAAAGUCGGAAAGGCAGGGAAGAAGAAGCACUGGGUGCAUGGAGAAGGCCACAAAGUGUUGCUGACUGUCAAUGGGCGCGAGUAUGGUGGCGAUGAGAAUUAG